CUCUACUUGCCACUACUAGGCCAGCCGUUCCAGGAGCCAGGGAAACUAAUCGAACAAGGAUCGCAUUUUGUCUUGGAGAGAAACGCUGUCAAAAUGCCUCUUGGUCGGUUAUUGUUGCGGACUUCAACUGUCAAUAAGAUGGUUAGCAGAAAUUCCUUUAUAGCUUCCAAACCGGAUCCGUCCAAGCCAAACAUGCUGAGAGUAGGCCUGGCGUUUGGGAGCACUGCUGUCUUGUGGGCAUUGCUGUUUAAACAGCACCGCACUGAUGUGCAUGAGUACAAAACACGGAACGGGUUACAGUAAUUCACCAGGACAUGGCAACGAUUGCUCUGUGCUUUGUGGAUCUUCUGUUUUUCCUGUUUCCUCUGCUUUUGAAUGAUGUACAAUAAUGUUUAUUAAAGAUGUGUAUGUACAA